AUGCCUCCCGUCCAAGCGUCGGCGCGCCCGUUUCCCGGCCUGAAGCUGGUGACUACGAGCUGUAUGGAUUUAAACCAGCAGAGCCGGGACGAAUACUUCUGUGAUCCGUCCUAUGAGCAAUUCGAGCCCCUCAAUCGACGCGCACCUCCCAGGAGAGCCAGACCAGUCUGCCGUGCCAGUCCAGUAUCGCCGAAUCUCUGGGAAAACGAAUUUGCGCACUCUCUGAAGCCGGACUGGCAGCCGAUGGAAGCUUCAGUGCAUCUUGCACCCGAACCACUGUUCGCGACGCGGCGUCGCUCCACUGCUCGUGGCACCUAUCAGCGGUCUACGUCCAGCAGACAGAACCGGCGACCGGCGCGUCUUCAAGAUCCAAAUAGCGAAGCAGCGAUCGACGCGCAAGAGAGCGACAUGGACCAAACCUUCCUGUAUCCUCAGAGAAGCCCCUUUGAAGACCAUUCCAGUUGCAUCAGGACCCCGAAUCAGCUUCAGCGAGUUCCUCGAGCGGUCAGCCAACCCAACACCCCGGGUUUCUGGCGACAAGAUCAGCCGGACGCGAGUGAGGGCGCGACGCUCCUACUUCCAAGGUCGCCUACAUAUCCCCCUGCUGGUCGGAGAAGGCCACACAGUACAAGUAAUAUAGCCGAUGCGACCUUCAUGGACGAGGAGGAGUUUCAUUUGUUCGUGCAAGCGACUGCGGGUCUGGGGCAAGAGCAGGUAUAUCGAAACUCGAGCUGUUCAUCAGAAUCAUCACUGGGAGACUCUUCACAGCAUAGCGGCCGACAACGAAUGCAGCGGUCGGAAGCAGUACAAGUAAUCUCGCCGAUCCAAGAGACACCGACGACCAUGUACGCCUUGCAGCAGCUUGCCCAGUUGCCUCAAGGAUCGCAGUUGUGCCAGCAACAAGAGGUUGAGGACCGCGCCAGAUUCGGAAGAAUCAAUGCCAACAUGGACGAGAUCGAAUUGUGGCUGAGCGGUGCCUCACCGGGGGAAAGCAAUUCGAUGGAUGACGAAUUGCCCGACUAUGCAGAAAGCCAAGCGCAGGCCCAGCUUGCACAAAGAGCAGAAGCAGCGAGGAGAGCACAGGAAUUGCAAAGACGCUGGCAACAGAGCAGAUGA